AAAAAAUCUCAUCUGGGGGUGUCUGAGACCCUUUAAAUUAUGAUCCUUCGAAAACAAAAGCAUGUCCAGUCUUUGCUGUGUUACAGUUCACAUAAUUUAUAACCUAAUAACAAAUGUCAUGUGUGUUACUUGACGUUAAUGCAGUACACUAUCUAAUGUAUAUUACAUAUUUUCUUACAUUAGAAUUAUGUAAGAAAAUAGUUAUGUGGUUCCAUGUACGUUAAAUGAUGGCGUACGGGUAAUAAAAUCCCUUAUAAUGAUGUAACAUGAAAUUCAAGAAUCUCAAUACAGUAAUAGGAAGUUCGAUGAACAUCUGCGAUAGCAUAAGUUAACGUUGUAUAAUAGAUAAUGUUCGGCAGAUUGUUAAUUUCUCUCCAGAAAUAUUUUACUACGUAACAAUAAGUAAUUUGUUAAUUGAAGUAGAAAAGUAAUAUUCGAUUGUCGGUAUGUCCGACGACGCCCAUAUUAAAGAGCAAUGGCAACUCCUACAAAGCCUUCGAACUACUGUAGAAGGUUUGUUAGUCGAUGGUGUUUUAAAUGUGUGGAAUGUUUAUGGUGGCCUAAAUCGUCUUCACAAUGUAAUGGAGCGGAUAUUCAAACAUGGCUGUCGAAUAUUUAAUCAAAAUGGAGAACCAGAUUGUUGGAUUUUUAUACAAGGAUUAAAUUGGCUACAACCUUCUCUAGCAAUAUCACCUGUUCCCACAGAAUCUCAAGAUUACUUUUCAAAUUUGCCAACUCGAAUAAUAUCACAGAAAGAUAUGUUAUGGUUGUAUAAAAGCUUAGAAAGCCAUUCUUUGUCACAUAAGCUUUCUUGGCUUUUAUCUGACAAGGAACAUUUACUUUCCUGUUUUGAACCAUGGGCAUUUCUAUGUCAAGAAAAUUUAUCUGAGGCCACACUUUUGUGUUUAAGAGCAGUUGAAAGAAAUCAGCUUACAUUGCUCACAGAAAUUGAUCCAUCUUUAUUUUUACCAUCUUGGAUUUCUCCAAAGGCAAGUCCAAAUAGACACCGUAGAUCUUCAUCAUAUCCAAUAAAUUUUCCAAUCACAAAUUUUAGUGUAGCAAGAGACAAAGCUAUACAUAUUGAAAAAUGUCAAUUAGAAUCAUUAAAACUAGCAUCAGAUAACAAAGCUAAUCAGCAAAAUGAAAAAAAUGAAACUGCAAUAUUAGAUACCAAAGAUAUAAAUGAUAUACCUUUAAAAACAUGGAAUAGUCUUUCAGAAUUGACAAAAAAUUCUAAAACUCCACAAACAAGUUUUCCUACAUCUUCAUCAGUUACUGCAAAUACAAGCUCAUAUAGAAGUAAUGAUUCACAGACUGCAACUGUUGAAUUAUCAAAAAUAAUUGAUGUAAACUAUGCUGAAUUAAAACAGUCUACACCCAUGGUUAUGGAUAAUAAAUUACUUGUAAAGCCAAGAACUCCAAUAAGAAAAAUAAAAAAUAAAGUUAAGCUGAAAGAAAGUUAUGCUACUAAAAAAUCUAGUGAAGAGUCUGAUGCAUUAAAUAGUGAAGACAAAUCGGUAAACACGGUAAAAGAAUAUUGUAUUCCAUUUACUAAAUCAAAUAAAAUUGACGCAAACAAAGAUAAUACAGAUUCCGCAGAAAUAAAUAUAUCUGAAAAGCCAAGAAGAAGAGCUUCAUUUUUACCUGGAUCAGCGCCUGAAUUUACUGGUCCAUGGAAUUUAGAAAUCGAGGGUCAGAAAGACAUAAGAACACCAAAGAAAAGUUUCAUGGAAGAUGGAGGGAGUAGUGUACAACCUAUGGCAAUAGGAUAUUUUCCACGACCAGCGGAGGGUCAAAGUUUAACAAGCUUUUUAGCAUCUGCACAAUUUUCCCGAACUAAUGCCGAAUUAGACAGAGAGAAUGCACAUUUUAGUGUUUCUGAGGCUAUGAUAGCCGCCAUUGAACAAGUAAAAUGCAACAAACAGUGGCGUCUUAUGGAAGAAGCAGCCGAAGAAAGUGAUGAAGAGAUAAAUAGCUUAAAACAAAGAAUACGAUUGAGACGCCGUCAACGGCAAGAAGAACGGUGUAAAGGAAGAACAUGGAAUCGUGACUUGCUUAGUGAUGGAAAAACUGAUACAACAACCACUGAUCAAAGUAUUAGUCCGUUGUCAACUUCAUCUGAUACUCCAUCCGAGAAUAUUUCUACCGAUGAUAUAGAAGAUCUAGAAGUAGACGAUGAAAGAAAUGCAGUAAAGCUUAAAAAUGCUGGGAUUUCAAUAUCUAUGGCAUCAUUAUAUUCGGAUGCAGAUUUGUAUCAAACAUCUCCUCUACAUGGAACAGAGUCAACAUUAACUGACAGCAGCAUGUCUGCGGAAGGUGUAGCUCUAUCGCUUCUCAGUAGGUUUAGUGAGAAACAAUUACCAAGAGCGAGCGAAUUACAGUGGCUUGUCUCAGAGAAAGAUGCACCGCAAAGACUGUUACCACUACCCAAAAGUUGGCCAAUCAGUCCAGACGAAGCAGAAAAUUCCCAAUCAAUUCCACUGCGCGGAACCACAGAAUGGGCUCCACCGAGACCUCAAAUUAUUUUCACACCACAUCCUCCUCCAGUGCGGCGAACUCUUAUAGCUAAACAGAAUUACAGGUGUGCAGGAUGUGGAAUGAAAGUUGCAGUAAAAUAUGCAAACAAAUUCCGUUACUGCGAAUAUUUAGGUAGAUAUUUCUGUACCGGAUGCCAUACUAAUCAAGUGGCACUAAUACCAGGAAAGAUUUUAUCUAAAUGGGAUUUCAAUAGAUAUUCUGUAUCGAACUUUUCAUACAGACUAUUGGAUCAAAUGACAUUAGAUCCAUUAUUUCAAAUAAACGAUUUAAAUUCAUCAUUAUACAGGCGCAUCAAACAAUUAGAUAGAACGAGAUUAUUGCGUAUACAAUUAUAUUUCUUUAAAGACUUCUUACUUACGUGUAGAUUUGCAACAAGUGUUCAAGAAGUAUUGAAAAAGGAACCAAGUUACAUAUUAAACGAACCUCAUGUGUAUUCCAUUCAGGAUCUGAUGCAUAUUAAAUAUGGUAUUCUGCCAAUUAGAUUACAAGAAUUAGUUCAAGUUUGCAAUAUGCACAUUGUAGGUUGUGAGUUAUGCCAAGCUAGAGGAUUUGUAUGUGAACUAUGUUGCUCUAAAGACAUUAUAUUUCCAUGGGAAUUGUUAAAAGUUAGUAGGUGUGAAUUGUGUGGUGCAUGUUUUCAUAACGAAUGUAAGCAAAGCUUUAAUAAAACUGAUUGUCCGCGUUGCAUUCGUUUACAAGCUAGACGAAUAUCCAGAGAAGAACAAUUUUGACACACGGUAAAAAUAUUCUAUGUUAUAUAUUUGUAUAUGAAAAUUAAGUUAACGAUUUGAGUGAAAUGUGAGUCAUUAAUUCUAAAGAAUCGGAUUUUCCAAUAUCGUAUUUCAAAUUCUAUCUUAUUUAAUAUAAAAUUGAUAAUAAUUUAAGCAUUGAUCAAAGAUCUAUAUAUUAUUUUUAUGUGCUACUAUGC